AUGCUUGAUGAGAGCGCAACAACUGUUGACCCUAAGGGUCUGGCGCUUCUUUUGAUUGGCGUGUCUAUCUUCUUUCUCAUUCCGACUGCUAUUGUUGUUAUUUUACGUUGUUUCGUUCGAUGGAAAUAUUCCAUGUUUGGGCGCGAUGAUGGGCUUAUGCUAUUCGGCUGGUUACUACAUGUCGCUUUUACUGCAGUCGGGAUCCAUGCUAUUUAUACUGGCGUGGGUACAAAGGACAUCGAUCUUAAUGACUUUUUACAAGUUGAGGGACGAAAGUGGAUGUGGAUCGGCGAAAUGCUCUACAAUUUUUCAUUAAUUCCUCUCAAGUGCUCCAUCUGUGUCACCCUGCUACGCAUCGCCGUAACGAAAGUCCACCGUACCAUCGCUUGGAUCAUUCUCAUCUUUACCCUAGUCACAACGAUAUUCAACUUCAUUGCCGUCGCAAUUGCAUGCAAGCAUGCUAGCAACAACUGGGAUAAUCGCGGACAAUGUUCACUACCCCUGUUGAUGAGUACAGCAUACAUUGGAUCUGUCACCGCUGUUAUAUCUGAUUGGGCCUGUGCUAUUUUGCCUGGUUUUAUGCUAUACAAGUCCAACAUGAGAAAGGCCACCAAGAUUUCUGUUACUAUCAUUCUUGGGUUGGCUGCCUUGGCAUCAAUCUGUACCAUCAUUCGACUCCCGUACUUGAAAGGCUUCUCCCAACCUCACAACUACUUGUAUAAUAUGGGACAUAUCAUCCUCUGGUCCACUAUUGAAUCAGGGAUUGGAAUAGUCGCCGGCUCAUUACCUGCCCUUCGCAAGCUUGCCAGCUCGCGCUUCCAUUUCAGUUCAUCCACAGACAGUUCCCCAGCUUAUCCCACGUCUUUUUCUGGUAUUAAUCGUGCAGUCAUCACAACCCAGGCAAUGCCAGCACGGCGGAGUUAUAGGGGUGAAGUUGGCGACAACUGGGAGCAACUUGAUGAUAUUGAGGGCUCAAGUCAAAAGAUUCAUGUCAAGGUCGCCUUUGAAAUGCAUACCAUCGAGAGACCGGAAGGCUCACAGGUGUCGCAUGGAUCUCGUGAAGAUCUAGUUCACCCAUGA